AAAUUAAAAAUUCAAAGUCCAGAGUGUAUUCAAUUAAAUUGUGAAAAUAACGAGCUAGACGAUAAUUGAAAAAUCAAGGCACACACCUGCGCACAUGUCUGUGAGAGGGUCCUGUGUGUACAUGUGUGUAUCUGUGUAGAAGCUCCUGCGUCUGUAUGUGUGUUGAAGGCUAAGCAGAAUCAGCAGCCACGAAAAAGCCAACAAUUCUUGCCUGUUGCAGCCAAAGAGUUAGCAAACAAAGUGAUAAAGACAAAGUGUUCAAGACAAAAUGUAAUAAAUAUUCUUAAAUAUACAAAAACCAAAUAAAUUACUUAAUAAUUAAACGCUAAACUGGAAAUCGGAGCAAUGUCAAGGCCCACUUCUCAACUGGAUAUCCCGUCUAAGAUGCGCACAAUUAGUUUAAACUGACGGCAGGAUGUGGAGAGCAACAACAACAGCUACAGAAACAACAACAAAGCCAGAAUUUACAAGCAAAAGGAUAAUCACAAUCACCAUGCAGCGAAAUUAAAUACCAAAGCCGAUAACUAACAACCGAACUAUUAUCAAACUAUUUUAAACAACUUAAAUGUAGCACAACAGAAGCCUUACAAAACAACAAAACAACAUUUGUGCUGUGCUUUAAUUAUAGUCAACCAAAAAUUACAAACAACCACGAAAGAACCCCCAAAAACCGCGUAAUUAUUACACAUUAAAUAUUAAUAAUAAUAAUCAUUAUUCUUCCACUUGCGAGUUUGAAAUGUGUACAUUUUUAAAUCGAUAUUUAAACUACUAGCGAAUUAUAAAUACCAAAAGAUAUAUAUAUAACUGUUUAACGUUCAUUAAAACUUAGCAAAGAGCGUUGUGAAUUUAACAAACCAAAAACUAAUAAAUUAAACGGUUUACGAUCCUCUAACUUAGAGCAAAUUGUACACAAUUAGUAGUUUUAAAACGUAAGAUUUUAAUCCAAAGAAAAUUUUUAAACGAGCUUCAAACACACACGAAAAACAACAAGAACACGCCCACACACAACCGAGCAGAAACUUAUCCUUAACCUUAACCACGGCGGCAGGAUUGUAAGGGUAACAAUCAAAUGCUUGGCUCAGCGCCAGAAAUACGGAGGCCCAAAAAGUAGGCAGUAGAAAAUUUAUACAAAUUUGGCGCCAGCGGUGGAAAAAGAACGAAAAAAAAGGCAGAAAAGUAGCGCCAAGGACUACGACGACCUUCGCGUGUGCAAGCGUCGUUGCACAAUAAAGGACGCCACUAACACUCUCGCCCAGACACACACACCCUCACACACACACGACCUCACCUAUACACUAAAAACCAGCUCACAUAGACACAUAGAAAUACACACACAAACACACAGGACAAUUGCAUGGGCGGCCGCCAUGACCGGAAGUGAAGUACGGUCACGUCCACGUACACUGGCCUUUGCAUAACAAUCAGCCCGCCAAGGAGCCGCCAAGCAGGUGGGUGGCGAAAGCAGGAGAAAGCAAGUGAAAGCAGGUGAAACGAGGGAGCAGCAGGAGCCGGAGCCAAAGGAGUAAAAACAACGAGCACAGGAGCGCCACUUUCAACCGCCAGCGGACCGUAAAAAUGCAGGAAAUGAGCUACCUGCAGGAUAAUUCCAAGGUGGAGGCCCUCACCAAGGCGGUGCUCAUAUCCAUACUGGGCGUGGCCAUCGUCCUGUCCAACCUCCUCAUCAUCGCCACCUAUGCCAACUUCAAGGGGCCCACAGAGGUGAUCAACUACUACCUGUUGUCCCUGGCCAUUGCCGAUCUGCUCUGCGGACUGCUGGUGGUGCCCUUCUCCGUGUAUCCCGCCUUGACCGGAGAAUGGAUGUACGGCGACAUCGUGUGCCGCUUCACGGGCUACCUGGAGGUCACUCUGUGGGCGGUGUCCGUCUACACGUUCAUGUGGAUAUCCGUGGAUCGGUAUCUGGCGGUGCGCAAGCCACUGCGAUACGAGACGGUCCAGACGAAGACGAGAUGCCAGUGCUGGAUGGUGUUCACGUGGAUAUCGGCGGCCCUGCUCUGCUGCCCCCCAAUUCUGGGCUACUCGAUGCCCAUCGAGAACAACAUGACGCACAUUUGCAUGCUGGACUGGGGGAAUAUGGCGGCAUAUAGCGCCACUCUGGCGAUUUUAGUCUUAGGUCCCAGCCUCAUUUCAAUCGUACACAACUACGGCUAUAUCUUUGUAAUGAUGCGUAAGAUUAGGUCCGGCGAGCCGAUACACGAUAAAGAAUAUGCAACUGCUCUGGCUGAAAAUUUAUCGAACCCUAGUCAUAUGAUGUCAUUCGCAUUAGUCUUUGCAUUCUGGGUGUCCUGGCUGCCAUGGAUUCUGUUGCGUCUGUAUGAGGUGGUCACGGGCGAUGUUAUCCAAAGUACUCUUAUCAACUUCGCCGUCGUCUGGAUCGGCAUAUUGAAUUCGUUUUGGAAAAUUCUAAUCAUGACCAGUAUGUCGCCGCAAUUCCGUAUCGCUUUGAGAGUAUUUUGCUUAACCAUUUGUUGUAAGACUAAGGGCCGUUUGCAAGCAGAGCUAAUCGGGUUGGACCCAGAUGACUAGAGUUAGAUUUAGAUUUUCAUUCUCCUCAAAAAAUACAAAAGAAUUAAAACCGCAAAAAAACCCCCAACCCCCCAACCCCUCACCCCCUCCGCAACCCCUAUAUCCCUUUGAGAAGAACUUCGAAGUCCCGCAAGUAAUAAAUUGGUUGUAAUUGCAUUGAGCCAUUUCCUUAACUCUCUCUCUCUAUCUAUAUUAACACUUACUUGCCUGUUGCCAUAUAGUUGCAUAUUUACGGGCCGUUUGGCGCUACGCGACAUGCCAAUGAAAGCACCACCCACAAGCCACAGAAAAACUGAGAAACUCUAAAACGCAACCACUCAACCACUCAGCCACUCAACCACUCAGCCACUCAGCCACCCAACCAUACAGCAACCACACAGAGACACCAAAAACACAGACACGUUGAAAGACAUAUUCAUAUUUCUAGACCUAAGCUAAGCUAAGAGUUUUUAGCGUAUCCAAUUAUGAUUGAUUAAUUGAUUGAUUGAUUGAAUUGAAUUGAUUGACGAUUAUUAUUGUGUAUUUAUGAGCUUACCACGUAUAUACUUGUACUUGUACUUAACUCUAGCCAUAUACAUAUUGUAGCAGCGAUUCUAAUUCUAAUUCUAAUUCGUAGACAAGAGACAAUUCACUAGGCAAGCAGAACAUUUCCGUUUCCGGUUUACAAUUCAAACUUGCUAUCACACUAAAAACAAUAUGAAAAUCAUAUGCUACUCAAGAAGCAAGAUAUUGCGUAUAUAUAUAUAAACCUUUUUCAAAGUCCAUAUUAAGUAGCAUUUAGAAUUUUACAAAAAAAAUCGUGUAGAGUUUAUUAAACAAUUUGCCAAACUUGACGACGGACCGGAAAUUAAGAAUUCAAAAUUCAGAACAUUCAAUCUUCGCACGCUUUGCGAAUGCGCUUUAGAAACGGAAAUCCCAGGCCCACUAAACGAUGUAAAACUCAACCCAGCAAAAACGUUAAAAUACGAAAGCGAUCAAACCCGAAAAAAAAAACAUUUCCAGUAGUUCUUAGCGAUAAAUAAAUACAAAAAAUUAUAAAAACGAAAAUGAAAGGAUAGGCUAGUGUCAAGUUUCGAUCGUUGUUUAAACCGGCAAAUGCAGAUGCAUAUAUUUUCCUUUUGGCCGCCCCUGAACGCUUCGAUUUGGUGGGGUUCCCAAUUUCGCCCAGUUCCCUUAGUGGGUCAAAUUCAGUUUCCCAGGCCUCGCCAGUGGAGCGUUCAGGGUCCCAAGUCGAGUGUUUGCCGUUGAAUGUUGUUGAUCUCCACUGUUACUUUGAUGAUAUCUCAGCUGCAAACAUGCCAAAAUGCGAAAAUAAUGAACGAAAUUCGAUUUCGAAAACGAAACAUUGUGUAUAUUUUGUUGUUGUACAUUUCAUUGAUGAUCUUUUGUACAUUUAGUUAUAGUUCGAAACUAAUUUACACACCAAAGCAAGUGUUAUCGAUUUUUAAGUGUAAGGAAAUUGUUAGAGCCGUAUAAGCAGAUAGAAAAGGCGUUUCGACAAAUAUAAACAAUGAACGCAGUAAAUAAAUGCAAAAAUGAU